GCUCAAGUGAUUUUCCUGCCUCAGCCUCCUGAGCAGCUGUAUCAUAGUUUUAAAACUUUUGUUUGACUUACAGAUAAUUCCAGGCAUUAAUGACUUUUGCUUUUAUAGACAAGCUUUCUAGAAGGAGAAGCAAUCACAAACAAUUCUUUUUCUGAACAGAAUGGCCAAAGUCACUGUAUAUUUUUAUGUGCAAGUGUACAUAUAUAUGUAUUGAUUUAGCAGAUUUAUUAUGAUUAUUUCUUGUACUGAACUAUGAUUUGUUAAUUACCCAGUGAAAAAUUACCUUUUAACUGUGCUCAGAAAUAAGCAUUGAGAUGAGGCUCUUGCUCAAAGUCUGAUCCAUUAGAUUCAUAGAUGGGAUGUGAGUGAAACUUGACUUUGGUUUUUGAAGAUUCAGGACUAGCUUUCUAUUCAUGAUGAAAAGAGUUUUACAGUUUGUCAUCUGCGGUUGGCCUCCUCUAGCAUGAGUUGGGGGGGCACAGCUCCUGCACAGCGCUGUCACAGCCCGGUGGGGGAUCGGCGUCAGUACCACCCCCUCUUUGGGAAGGUUAGCAGGCGCCUUCCGAAAAGAGCUGUGUUCUCUGUCCCCGGAAGAGCCCAAACUGCGCAUUCCGUUCACGUGUGUUCCACCGACCGGCUUCGGUGCUCACUCCAGUAACUCCCAGCAGUCCCAGCAGAUUUUCCUGCCAGGAGUAAGGUUUACGGGGAGUGAUCUCCAUGAAGGGAAAAAGAAAUGAAAUUUGGAUAUAUUUCACAACAUUUUCAAUGUUAAGAUUUAUCCUAUAGGACAUUUUGUAUUUUUAAUGAUGCUUUCAUCAUCAGUAUAGAAACGUGGGGGGAUUAUGGGAUGGAGAAGCAGGGAGCCCCACGUGUCUGUACUUAGGUCCUACGCAGCUGCCCCCCACACCGAGGGACGGAGGCAGGGAGUAGGGUGCUGGGGCCCGAGAGAAGAGAGUGGGCGCACCCAGGUGAGCACAGCGCUGGCUGAUGAGUGGCCGUGGAUCAGGAGGGGCAGGGCGCCCAGGGGUGGCUCCUUGGGCUCCCUGUGCCCGGUGCCGUCAUGUGGACGCAGAGGAGAAUGGAGGUGUGGGAAGUAAUGGACAGAGGAAUGGGAAAAAACAGACCGAAUGUGUAUUUGAAAAAUGGAAAAUGUUACAUUUUUAGACAGAGUCACUUAGUCAGUGCUGAGAUUUGCGUUGUGGAGCAGAAUUUUAGGGAUGUUUGCAGGUAUGUUCUAAUUCCAGGGCAAUUAACAGUUAUUGUUCCACUAAAGUUUAUGUUCCUCAAAGGCCGAGUCUGUCUGGAAUGUGGCUUAGAGAUACAGGGUUAGGUCAAUUUUUGGUCUGAAUCUAAAGUUUAGUUCUCUGCAGACUGAUUUCAUUUUGAUUAUGUAAGGAAAUAUUGGGAGUGGAAAAAGUUCCUAGAGGCCGCGGUGAAUAAUCCGGGCUGGUUUUUAGUUUCUGGGUCCCUAAGAUUUGAACAGCAUUCAGUGAUACUAUCUCACGUGCGAAUGCCUAGAGGCCCUCUGCCGUGUCCCACGGGUGUGGCCAUGAGCUGAUGGAUGAGUUAGACGAACUCCGCGCUGAAAUGGAAGAAAUGAGAGACAGUUACUUAGAGGAAGAUGUUUACCAGCUGCAGGAACUUCGGCGAGAACUGGACCGUUCUAACAAAAACUGCCGAAUCCUGCAGUACCGUCUCCGGAAAGCAGAGCAGAAAAGCCUGAAAGUGGCCGAGACAGGGCAGGUGGACGGCGAGCUCAUCCGGAGCCUGGAGCAGGACUUGAAGGUGGCCAAAGACGUGUCUGUCAGGUUGCACCAUGAACUCGAGACGGUGGAGGAGAAGCGCACUAAAGCUGAGGAUGAGAAUGAAACUCUGCGACAGCAGAUGAUCGAAGUGGAAAUAUCCAAGCAGGCGCUCCAGAACGAGCUGGAGAGACUGAAGGAGAGUUCCCUGAAAAGAAGAGGCAGUCGGGAAAUGUACAAAGAGAAGAAAACCUUUAACCAGGAUGACAGUGCCGAUCUGAAGUGCCAGCUUCAGUUUGCCAAAGAGGAAGCCUCCCUGAUGCGCAAGAAAAUGGCCAAGCUGGGACGGGAGAAGGACGAGCUGGAACAGGAGCUGCAGAAGUACAAGUCCCUCUACGGCGACGUGGACAGCCCCCUCCCCACAGGGGAAGCGGGCGGGCCCCCCAGCACCCGGGAGGCCGAGCUGAAGCUGCGGCUGAAGCUGGUGGAGGAGGAGGCCAACAUCUUGGGCCGGAAGAUCGUGGAGCUGGAGGUGGAGAACCGCGGCCUCAAAGCGGAGAUGGAGGACGUGCGAGGCCAGCACGAGCGGGAGGGGCUGGGCCGGGACCCCGCGCCCGGCCUCCCUGCCUCACCCCUCGGCGACUCUGUGGAGUCCUCCGCAGAGCUGCGCCGCCACUUGCAGUUUGUGGAGGAGGAAGCGGAGCUGCUCCGCAGGUCCAUGUCGGAGAUCGAGGACCACAACCGGCAGCUGACACACGAGCUGAGCAAGUUCAAGUUUGAGCCUCGCCAGGAGCCGGGGUGGCUCGGGGAGGGUAACGGGGCCGGGGCCGGGGCCGGCACGCCCCUGCAGGAGGAGCUGAAGUCGGCCAGGCUGCAGAUCAGCGAGCUGAGCGGGAAGGUGCUGAAGCUGCAGCACGAGAACCGGGUGCUGCAGUCCAACAUCCAGCGCUGCGACCUGGCCACGCACCUGGGGCCGCGCGCCCCGAGCCCCCGGGACAGCGAUGCAGAGAGUGAUGCGGGCAAGAAGGAGAGUGACGGGGAGGAGGGCCGCCUGCCCCAGCCCAAGCGGGAGGGUCCUGUAGGUGGAGAGAGCGACUCAGAGGAGACCUUCGAGAAGACGUCAGGCUUCGGGAGUGGGAAGCCGUCGGAGGCCAGCGAGCCGUGCCCCGCAGAGCUCCUGAAGGCCCGGGAGGACUCUGAGUGCCUGGUGACCAUAAGGCACGAGGCCCAGCGGCUUGAGCGGACCAUGGAGCGGCUCAUCACAGACACCGACAGCUUCCUCUGCGACACAGGGGCCACCCUGGAGCCUGGCGUGCAGGGCGAGGGCGCUCAGGCCGAGCCCCACUUGCUGGGGACCAUCAACACGAAGAUGAAGGCUUUCAGAAAGGAGCUGCAGGCCUUCCUGGAGCAGGUGAACCAGCUGGGGGACGGCCUGUCCCCCUUGCUCCACCUCACGGAGUCCUCCAGCUUCCUGUCCACUGUGACCUCCGUGUCCCGGGACUCCCCCAUCGGGAACCUGGGGAAGGAGCUGGGCCCAGACGUGCAGCAAAACAAAACAAAAUCCCUCCCAUGCACCUCACAGUCCAGACUGAGAGAGCAGCUAGAGUGGCAGUUCGGUCCGGCCCGGGGGCACGAGCGGGACAGCUUGCACCUUCGAGCCACAAGGGAGCUGCACCGCCGCGCUGAUGGGGACGCCGGGAGCCACGGGCCAGGAGGCCAGAGCUGCUUCAGCCUGGAGCUCAGGGGCCCCCCUGUUUUACCCGAGCAGAGUGUAUCGAUAGAGGAGCUACAGGGUCAGCUCGUGCAGGCGGCCAGACUGCAUCAAGAGGAGACAGAGACAUUUACAAACAAGAUCCGUAAGAUGGAGGAGGAGCACCUCUACGCCUUGAGGUGGAAAGAACUGGAAAUGCACAGCCUGGCCUUGCAGAGCACCCUGCACGAGCGAACCUGGAGUGAUGAGAAGAAUCUGAUGCAGCAGGAGCUCCGGUCACUGAAGCAGAACAUUUUCCUCUUCUACGUCAAACUCAGGUGGCUGCUGAAACACUGGCGGCAAGGCACGCAGAUGGAGGAGGAAGGCGAAGAUCUGGCCGAGGGCGAGCAUCCAGAGACCCUGCCCGGGCUCGGUGAGCUUGGAGUCCAGGGGGGUCACCAGGCAGGCGGCCCAGACCGGGAUGACGGCGACCGCGGCUGUGGCUUCCCGGUGGGGGAGCAUGCCCCCCACUCCGCGGUGCAGGCUGGAGAGCGUGGCGCGCGGCUGCAGACUGUGGACAGGGCACAGCUCCACAGGCAGGUGGUGGAAAACCAGCAGCUGUUCGGCGCCCUCAAGGCCUUGGUGGAGGACUUCCGCUCGGAGCUGCAGGAGGACGAGCGUGCCCGGCUGCGGCUGCAGCAGCAAUACGCCAGCGACAGGGCGGCCUGGGAUGUGGAGUGGGCCAUGCUCAAGUGCCGCCUGGAACAGCUGGAAGAGAAGACGGAGAACAACCUGGGAGAACUAGGCUCUUCGGAGAGCAAAGGAGCCUUGAAGAAGGAGAGGGAGGUGCACCAGAAGCUCCUGGCCGACAGCCACAGCCUGGUCAUGGACCUGCGCUGGCAGAUCCAUCACAGCGAGAAGAACUGGAACCGGGAGAAGGUGGAACUUCUCGACCGCCUAGACAGAGAUCGGCAGGAGUGGGAGCGGCAGAAGAAGGAACUCCUGUGGAAGAUAGAGCAGUUGCAGAAAGAGAACAGUCCCCAGAGAGGUGGCAGUUUCCUCUGCGAUCAAACCGAGAGCAGCAGUCGCCCCCUCCCCCACCAGGGGAGCCUCCGCGUGCCCCCUCCCGUGGCACUGUGGCCACGCACAGACGUCGACUCCAUCCCGUUUGAAGACCGGCCGCUGUCGAAGCUAAAGGAGUCAGACAGGUGCUCGGCCAGUGAGAACCUCUACCUGGACGCCUUGUCCCUGGAUGACGAGCCGGACGAGCUGGAGGAGCCGCCACCCCGCCGGCCCGAGAGGGAAUUCAGGAACCGCCUCGCCGAGGAAGAAGAAAAUCACAAGGGAAAUCUUCAAAGGGCAGUGUCUGUGUCCUCCAUGUCCGAGUUUCAGCGCCUGAUGGACGUCUCCCCCUUCCUGCCUGAGAAGGGGCUGCCAUCCACCAGUGGCAAGGAGGACGUCACCCCGCCCCUGUCUCCUGACGACCUCAAGUACAUCGAGGAGUUCCACGGCAAGAGCUGGGACUACACGCCCCCCAGGGGCCAUGGCGGAGCUGGGACCGACAGGCCCCCAGACCUCUGGGCAGACAGGACCGAGGUUGGGCGCACAGGGCCCGAGGCCACCAUAGAGCCUUUCCCCGACUCCUCCUGGUAUCUGACCACAAGCGUCACCAUGACGACGGACACCAUGACCAGCCCGGAGCACUGCCAGAAGCAGCCGCUGAGGAGCCACGUCCUCACUGAGCAGUCCGGGGUGCGCGUGCUGCACAGCCCGCCUGCCGUGCGCAGGGUGGACAGCAUUGCCACGGCGGGCAGCGAGGGUCCCUUUCCCACAAGCAGAGCCAGAGGGGGCCUGGGAGACGCCAAGGGGGGCCCUCUGGAGCCCAUGCUCAGCAGGUGGCCUUGCACUGCCCCCAGACACCCCCGAGACUACAUGGAGGGGGCGUGGCGCCCCCUCGACAGCCCCCUCUGUGCCUCCCUGGGCUUUUCCUCCCCUCUGCACAGCCUGGAGAUAUCCAAGAACAUGAGUGAUGACAUGAAGGAGGUGGCCUUCUCUGUCAGGAAUGCCAUCUGCUCUGGCUCCACCAAGCCGCAAGUCAAGGACAUGGGCUGCCAGACCAACGAGUCCCGGACGACGGGGACACAGACCACCCAGACCAUCAGCGUGGGCCUGCAGACUGAAGCCCUGCGUGGCAGUGGUGUCACCAGCAGCCCCCAUAAGUGUCUCACACCAAAGGCAGGGGGCGGUACCACACCGGUGUCGUCUCCCUCCCGCAGCCUUAGGAGCAGGCAGGUGGCCCCUGCCAUCGAAAAGGUACAAGCCAAGUUUGAACGCACAUGCUGCUCCCCCAAGUAUGGUUCCCCCAAGCUGCAGAGGAAGCCCAUCCCCAAAGCUGACCAGCCAAAUAGCAGGACCUCACCGGGGAUGGCCCAGAAAGGGUACAGCGAGUCGGCCUGGGCCCGCUCCACCACCACGAGGGAGAGCCCCGUGCACACCACCAUCAACGACGGGCUCUCCAGCCUCUUCAACAUCAUCGACCACAGCCCCGUGGUGCAAGACCCCUUCCAGAAGGGGAUGCGGGCCGGCAGUCGGUCUCGCUCCUCAGAACCCCGACCAGAGCUGGGCCCGGGCCAGGAAACAGGCAUCGGUUCCCCAGGAAGGUCGCCCAGCCCCAGCGGGGUGGGCUCAGAGACGUGCAGGGAGGACGGGGGAGAGGGCACGCCCGUGAGGCAGGACUUAUCCGCGCCGCCCGGCUACACGCUCGCGGAGAGCGUGGCCCGGAUCCUCAACAAGAAGCUGCUGGAGCACGCCUUAAAGGAGGAGAGGAGGCAGGCUGCCCACGGCCCCCCGGGUCUUCACAGUGACAGCCACUCGCUGGGGGACACGGCUGAGCCGGGGUCCAUGGAGGAACUACCUUGUUCUGCACUAGCUCCGUCCCUAGAGCCCUGCUUCUCCAGGCCCGAGAGACCAGCAAACCGCCGCCCGCCGUCACGUUGGGCCCCACAUUCCCCCAACGCCUCACAGCUUCACUCAGCCCGAGACCCGGCGUCCUUGGAGGAGCAUGGUGACGAGGAGCCACCAGAGGAGAAGCCAUGCCGCAACGCAGGCCUGCAGGGACUGUCACAGAGCAGCUCGCCGUAACCGCAUAACCACGCCAUCGCCACAAACCAAACUCUGCCCCAAAGGAGAGAUCCAGUUUUCUCAAGGUCAAAGAAUGUUUUUAAAAAACACACAGCUGCUGAAUGUUCGACCUGUGAAACUGAGAUGUUUCUAGAAUGAAACAGUAAAUGUGCCUGUAAUAACUUAAUUUUUUUCAUAGCUCAGAAAACUAUUUUUGUCUCCAUCUUUUUUACACACAGUAUAUUAAACAAAAAGGUAAAUAAGGUAUAAAUAGAUUUAAAAAUAAAAGUUUUAAAAAUGUACAUUUUAAGAGAUUCCGAACACCCUCGCUCUCAAUACCUGACUGCCUCUCUGUUAAAUUUGCACUGUUACAUUUCGGGUUGGUUUAUUUCCAUGUUGCAUUAGAGUGUUUUAAGUUAAUUUCAUUUUGUCAGUGUUACUAUUUUUUUAAAAAAAAUUUUUAAUGCUUCAGACAGUCUGAUUCGGUGAACUUUUUGUCGUGAAAAAGCCAUGAAGCGAGUAGAUAAGACAGAUAUUCCGUACACUGGAGAGGAUACAGGACAACGUCUUUGAAAAGGUAGAGUCCUCAGGUGGGCGUGGAAAGGCGCCGCAUAUGAUCCACGUAUUAUUCUACUUGACUCGCACGUCUUCGGGUGCAUGUACAUACUGCUGCCGUGUCCUCACCGUCACCCAGGUGUGACUCGUCCGUUCCACUGUAAUCAUUGUGAAUUUCCUUGUACUGUACUUUUACUGUUGGUCUUCUUGCAUUGAUAAUACAACAGCAACAAUAUUUUUAAAUUAUUGUUAAAAGAUUGGCAAUGUACAGAGUUUACUCAAAAUUUUGUUGUUUAAGGAAAAACACUACAAAAAGUCAUGAGGAUACCAAAUGGAAACAGAUGCUGGUGCCUCUGAGUCUGUAUGAGACCACGAGAAAGUAGAAAUAAAGCCUUUCCGAGAUGGCAGCAUGUUCGUGAAUCUCUCAUCGCCCGUGCCCUCCGCCUUUUCCUGAGGCUCAGACGGACAGAUUCCCUGGCUAGGGAGGGAGGUAGAGGGGAGAGCGUGUAAAAAGACAACAGCUGCUCACACGGCACGCUGGGAACGCACUCUUGGGUGCUUUUGGGAACGUGAUCGUGUUGUGGUUUCCUGCACUCUGUAAGACGGUCCUGGGAUGGAGAGAUGCCUUAUUCUUAUUCAAAAGCCCAAACUGAGGUGGGGCAGAGUGUGAGGACAAGUCAGGGUGUGCCUGUCCUCUGCCCGCUGUGCUCACGAGGAAGGAGGGAGCGGCCAGUGUCUGCAGAAGCGGCGUUCCGGCCUCUGACACUGAGGCAGGCCGGCCUGUGGGCGCCUGGGGGAGCCGGCAUCCCCCCUGCAGGGCGUGCUGCUGAGGAGCAGGAAGAGGACAAUUCCAGCCCGAAGCUUCUGGCUCUAACGUUUCAUUAACCCAGCACUUUUCUUCUUACUCUAGCAUUACCACAGUUCCAUCUUUACACUUAAAUAUUUUCAAAAGAAUAAAAACCAGCAAGUGUUAGUGAGGAUGUAGAGAAACUGGAAUGCUGGCGGGAAGGCAAACCGGCGCAGCCACUGGGGAAGACAGUAUGGCUUGCUCAG